AUUUUAAAUUUCAAAAAUAAAAAAAAACUUUUUUCAACCUUGUCAACCUUUUCUAGUCGAGAUAGUCGAUAGUAGCAACCCACAAAUCAACACAGCUGUUUGCAACACAGAUUCUCGGGAAUCAUAUUUUUUCUUCAAUCCAAAAAUGGAUGACCAUCUAAUGGAAAUUCCUUCAUCAUCAUCUACCACUGUGAUAAUCACAGAACAGUUGGACGAACAAAAUGAUUGUCAAGAACCAUCAUUGAAAAUUAAAUUAAAACAAUCGGAAGAUGAUAAAACAAAAAACGACAAAAAAGUAAAAUUUACCGAAGGAACUAUCGAUAAUGAACAUUUAAAUCGUAAAAAAUCCAAAUGCUGUUGUAUAUAUGAAAAGCCUAAAAUAUUUGGUGAUCCAUCAUCGUCAUCUUCAUCCGAUGAUGAUGAUGAUGAUGAUGAACCUGAUUGUUGUCCCAAUCAUUGUCAUGGGCCUAAACAUUAUCAUAAACAAGUUUAUCGUAAACAGAAUGGCAAUGUUAAUGAUGAUGAUGAUGAUAAAAAUGAUUGAUUGAUUGAUUGUUAGAAUUGUAUUUUUUGUUUAUAAUUUCAUAUCCAUUUUUUUUUAUUGUUGCCUGCAUUUAUUUGAUCUAAUCAAACAUCCUUGCAUCCAAACUCCCUCAUCUUAUCAUCAUCAUCAUCAUCAUCAUCAACGCUUUAUAGAGCUAUUUAUUUGUUUCAAUUUUAUGUAAAUGGAAUUUUGAAAAACUUAGUUAUUAUAUAAAAAUAUAUAUGAAACGAAAAAUUCAAUUCGUUCAUACGUUGUCUAUUAGCGGCCAAUAAUAAUUUAAAGAAUUUAAUGACAAUCACAAAUCAUGUGUGUGUGUGUGUUUGUGUUUAAAUUUUUCAUAUUCUUAAUUAUUAAAUUUAAAUUAAAUUAUAAUU